AUGCUGAAAUGUUAUGGUGCGGAGCUCGAUCAACUAAACAAGGCUCGUAAAGAGCUUAGAGAAGCGUGGAACAAGAUCGUGAUCUGUGAUGCAAUAAUUUGGGAGAUUGGUGAAGAACUUCAGGCAAUAGAGCUAAACAAGGCUCGUAAAGAGCUUAGAGAAGCGAGGAAUAAGAUGGAGAUUCGUGAUGCAAAAGUUUGGGAGAUUGGUGAAGAACUUCCGGCAAUAGAGGUCAUUUCCACUGGCACCGAAAAAGAGAUGUAA